AUGAGCUUUUUUGAAGAAGUUCAUGGCUUUUGUCCUUCACAAUGCACUUGUGUUUACCAUGGCAGAAGUGAUGGCACUGGAACAAGGUCUGUACUCUGUAAUGAUCCUGACAUGUAUGAGAUCCCCGUGAAUGUUCCUGUGGAUACUGUAAAACUUCGUAUAGAGAAAACUGUCAUACGAAGGAUUCCAACUGAAGCCUUUUACUACCUAGUAGAUCUCAAAUACCUGUGGGUAACUUACAAUUGUGUAGCCAACAUUGAUAUCAGCAGUUUCUAUAACUUGAAACAAUUGCAUGAGCUACGGCUGGAUGGUAAUCUGCUCUCGACUUUCCCUUGGGAAUCACUGGCAGAGAUGCCCAACCUACGGACUCUCGAUUUACACAACAAUAAAGUUACCAACAUUCCCGCUGAUGCUGGCAGGUACCUGAAAAACAUCACCUACCUGGACAUAUCCAGCAACAAGCUAACCACCUUGCCAUCAGACCUGAUGGAUAUUUGGCCCCCCUUCUCAGGAAUUUCCCAGUCCAAGAACACGGACAUUCUGGUGACACAGAGAGCCAUUCUGGGUUUUCAGGACAACCCAUGGUUUUGUGAUUGUCGCAUAUCAAAGCUAAUUGAAUUUUCCAAAAUUGUGGACAACUCAGUUGUACUUCUUGAUCCACUGAUUUCAUGUAGUGGACCUGAGAGCCUGGCAGGAAUCUUGUUUCAGAGAGCUGAGUUAGAGCAAUGUCUUAAACCAUCUGUGAUGACAUCAGCAACAAAAAUCACUUCCCCUCUGGGAAGCAACGUUCUGCUACGCUGUGAUGCGACCGGGUACCCAACACCGCAGCUUACUUGGACUAGGUCAGACAGUAUACCAGUGAACUAUACAGUAAUUCACGAAACACCUGGAGAGGGUGUCAGAUGGUCCAUAAUAAGCUUGACAGGGAUUUCAUACAAGGAUGCAGGAGAAUACAGAUGUAAAGCCAAGAACUUGGCAGGAAUGUCAGAAGCUGCUGUUACUGUCACAGUGGUUGGUGUAGUUACUACGACUGUGUCACCACAAAAGUACGGAAGGAAGCAAGAGGCUGAGAAACAGAAUACAACUCAGGAGGAACCCAAGCAGGAACCUGAGAGGACAACCACACCUCUUUCCACCACACCCACCACCACAGUACUGGUUAGCACUGAGACGUCAACUGGCCUCACAUUAACUGACAAGAAGCAAUCCAGGCCCAUGUUCGAUGGAAAGAAAAGUUCAAAGGUAGUGGCCAAUGGAAACAAAAAGCAGCUUGGGGAGAUAAGCAAGAAAGGUGAGAACACUUCAUUGAAUACAUCAGGUAUAGCUGAGCAAAAUGUUACUGUGAAGAACCUAAGAGUGAUCAGUGAAACUGAUGAAAGAGUGACCUUAACUUGGAAAACUGUCAAUGCCACAAGCAACUCUGCAGUGACUGUGUUAUACUCGAAGUAUGGUGAGAAAGAUAUGUUGCCUCUGAGCACUGAUUCUAGCAAAAACAAAGUCACAAUUGAUGGUUUGCAACCCAGUACUCAAUAUAUGGCAUGUGUCUCACCCAAAGGAGUGCCACCUACAAAAGAACAGUGUGUUAUUUUCUCUACUGAUGGGUUAAAUGAUGAAAGUGACUCUCAGUUUUCUAUCCUGGUAGUGGCCAGCAGUGCAGCAUGCGUGGUCGUUUUACCUGUGAUAUUUCUUUUACUCUACAAAGUUUUAAAACUUCAUGUGAAGCCAAAAUCUGCAAAGGAAGCUGACCUUGCAAAAGAGACCUAUGUGCAAUUUGAAACAUUGUCUCUGAAGCCUCGAACAGUGAAUACAGGAGAGCAGCUCUGGGCACGAAGGUACACAGAUGAGUCAGAAAGACUUCUCCUUUGCUCUAGGUCGAGCAUGGAUUCUCAAAUGACCUUCAAAAGUGAGGGCUCUAGGUCUGAAUAUCUGUGUUGA